AUGACUUUCCCUGAGCUGAGCAAUGGCAGCUUGAGUGGGAACCGGACGGGACAGGGCAGCCAGAGUGGUACCAACCGGUCCUGGGGGCUGCAAGGUGAGGAGACCCCCGAGGGCAACGGCACCACGCUGACUUUCGCCUUGGACGUGCAGGCUGUGGGCGUCGGGGUCUUCCUGGCCGUCUUCAUCCUCUCGGCCAUCGUGGGGAACAUCCUCGUCAUCCUCUCGGUGGCUUGCAACCGGCACUUGCAGACGGUCACCAACUACUUCAUCGUCAACCUGGCCAUUGCCGACCUGCUGCUCAGCACCACCGUGCUGCCCUUCUCAGCCACCUUGGAGGUGCUGGGCUUCUGGGUGUUUGGGCGCAUCUUCUGCAACAUCUGGGCAGCGGUGGACGUGCUGUGCUGCUCCGCCUCCAUCAUGAGCCUGUGUAUCAUCUCCGUGGACAGGUACAUCGGCGUCAAGUACUCCCUCAAGUACCCCACAAUCAUGACCGAGAGGAAGGCGGGGGUCAUCCUCGUGGUGGUCUGGCUCUCGUCCAUGGUCAUCUCCAUCGGGCCACUGCUGGGAUGGAAGGAGCCGCCACCGCCGGAUGAGAGCAUCUGUAGCAUCACAGAGGAGCCGGGCUAUGCCCUGUUCUCCUCCCUCUUCUCCUUCUACCUGCCCCUCAUGGUCAUCCUAGUGAUGUACUUCAGGAUCUACGUGGUGGCCAGGCGGACCACUCGGAGCUUGGAGGCAGGGGUCAAGAAGGAGAGGAAUAAAUCCAUGGAAGUGGUACUGCGCAUCCACUGCCGCAGCGUGCUGGAGGAGCCUCUCUCCAGCACCCGGAGCAAGGGGCACAACUUCAGGAGCUCCCUCUCCGUGCGGCUCCUCAAGUUCUCCCGUGAGAAAAAAGCAGCCAAGACUCUCGCCAUCGUCGUGGGUGUUUUCAUCCUCUGCUGGUUCCCCUUCUUCUUCGUCCUGCCUUUUGGUUCUUUCUUCCCAUCUCUGAAGCCCUCCGAAAUUGUCUUCAAGGUCAUCUUCUGGCUGGGAUACUUCAACAGCUGUGUGAACCCCAUCAUCUACCCGUGCUCCAGCAAAGAGUUCAAGCGAGCUUUCAUCAGGCUGCUCAAGUGCCAAUGCCACCGGAGAAGACGGCCCAUCUGGCGUGUCUACGACCACCACUGGCGAGGGGCCUCCAUGAACAGCUCGGUGCAAGACUCUGAGACGGACCUGAGGCCCAGGAUUAACACCCUGAACAGCUCGUUCAUAUUUAACUCCUCCUUGCAGGAGAGAGCCAGUAAGAGGCGAACACUCAGCUUCAAGGGCUGGAAAAUGCUCACUCCUUUCCAGAAACCAGCAUCCACCCAGCUGAAGGAGAAGAUGAACAGCCUUUCUAACAAAAUCCGGGGUGGCUCCAGCAAAGGGGGGGUGACAGCCACCUACAAAACAGAGGUGGAGUCUGUCUCUAUCGGGAUCCCUCAUGACUUCACGGAAACCAUUGACUAUCAAACCUAUGACUUAACAGACUGUUGCGGGCUGAGAGAAACAGAUAUUUGA